AAGUGUAUUUUUACAGUCUAUCACUCUUUCUUUCUCUAGCUACCAAAUGUCUGCAAUAUAAUACGGAACAAGAUGACCCAAUAGUCUAUUAUCAAACAAGAAACACUACUACAGUUGAAUGUGAGAGAUUGUAGAGAGAGAAAGUUGCAAAAUUUGUGAUUUGCAGAGGAUAUUUCGCUCAACUGAUCAAGAUUCCAGAAUCCCAUUUCCAAGAUUCUAUUUUUUAUUUAAAGGGCUCAUAGCUAUUACUGUCAUCUUGCUCAUUGACAACUUAAUUUAUCUGCCUGAUUUUGAAGAUUCAAAGGGCUCAUAAGUCAUACCUGUUCUUGUGAUCUUGCUUAGACACAACGCAGUUUUUCCGCUUGAUUUUGAAGGUGCUUGGAGUGUGAAUUAAGGAGCUAAAUUUCCUUUUUUUCAAAAAAAUCUUAAAAAAAAGAAGAUUUGAUUCCUUGUCUGAUCUACUUUCUGGAAUUUUAAAGAUCCGAAUCAGUUGGCUUUCGUUUUCAUGCUCGAGUGAUGGCUUGUGCGUUAACUUCCGAGUCGAGGCGUUUAUAUUCUUGGUUGUGGGACAGCCACAUUAGCCCCAAGAAUUCUAAAUGGCUUCAAGAAAAUCUUACUGAAAUGGAUACCAAAGUGAAAUCCAUGAUCAAGCUCAUUGAAGUAGACGCCGAUUCCUUUGCAAGACGAGCCGAAAUGUACUACAAGAAACGCCCCGAGCUCAUGAAACUAGUCGAAGAAUUCUACCGCGCAUACCGUGCAUUAGCCGAAAGAUAUGAUUACGCCACCAGCGAGCUCCGCCACGCCCAGAAAACUUUACAAGCUGCUUUCCCGGAUCAAGAACCAUUCACUCUACCCGACGAUUUAUCUUCAAUCGAACCCGACGCUCAGAAACACGAAUCUUUUGAUUUACAAAUGUUUCCGGAAGAUGAAUGUGAAGUUGAGAGAUUAAAGAAGGCAGUGGCUGAUCUGAUUGCGGAAAAAGAUUCUCUUUUUGUUCAGUAUCAGUUUAUUUCGGAGAAAUUGUCGAAUGCGGAUGACGAACUUAAUCGCGCCCGAGAAAGUUCCCGGAUUCUUGAAGAGAAAGCGAACGAAGCGGAAAAAGAAGUUCAUAUGUUGAACGAAACUCUUCGUUUAACUUUAACCGAACAAACGGAGUGUCUGGAAACGAUAUCCAAUUUGGAGGAAAAGAUAAACGGAAUUGACCAACGAGCAGUCGGGGCCGAAACAGAAACGAUAUCUGUUUUAGAGAAGAAGAUUGCGGCAGCCGAAGAGGAAGCGAAAAUGUUCGCUGAGCAAGUUGCUAAAGCCGAAACGGAAGUUGAGAGGCUUAAAACCGCUAUUUUGGAGAUAACGAAAGAGAAAGAAGCUUUGCGGGUUUUAUACGCAGAAUGCGUCGAGAAAUCAUGCGCGUUAGAGCUCGAUCUCUCUUCCGCUCAAUCGGAUGUUCAACGCCUCACAACCGAGAUUCUAAACAGUGCUAAAAAGCUUAAACACGUUGAAGAGAUUUGUGUUCGUUUGGAGACGUCAAACCAAUCAUUGAAGACGGAAGUGAGUGAUUUAGCUAAGAUUAUCAUGUUAAAAGAUCAAGAAUUAUCCGACAAACACGAUGAGUUGAAGAACACAGAAGUUGAAUUUGUGGGGUUGAAGCAAAUGAAGGAAAGACUCGAAGACGAGGUAGCAUUGAAGUCGGGUCAAUGCGCCACUAUGCAAAAAGAAAUCUACGAUUUAAAAGAAGAAAUUACCAAAUUGAACACGCGCUAUAAAUCAAAUCCUGAAUCAUUCGAGUCAUCGGUAAAGUGCUUGCACGACGAAACCUCGAGGUUGAAUGCCGAAAAGUCUGCACUUGUUCUUCAAAAAACCGUUCUCGAGGAGUCUCUUUCGGCUGCAAACGUCGAGCUCGAGAAGCUCAGAGAAAGAUCGACGGGACUUGAAGAACUCUGUGAAUUGCUCAACAACGAGAAGUCGAAUCUUUUGAAAGAAAGUGUGCAAAAAAGAUUAGAAGUUCUCGAGAAUCGGUUUAUGCAAUUCGAGAAGGGAAAAGAAACCGGAAACUCUCCAAUAAUCAAAUUAAUCUCGUCAACUAUGGAGAAACGAGAACACGAGCGUCGUAUGAUGAUGGACGAGAAACGGUUAGACGAUUUAGAGAGUAAACUGAAGAAAGAAGAAUUACAGGAAGAACUCGAUAAAGCGGUGAUUGCGCAGUUUGAGAACUUCAUCUUACAAAAGUUUGUAAAGGAAGUGGAAGAAGAGAAUUAUUGCUUAUUGGUCGAGAACCGGAAGCAUAUUGAGGCGUCUAAGUUAGCGGAUAGAUUGAUCUCCGAGCUUGAAACGGAAAUUCUCGGGCAACAGGUCGAAGAAGAGAUCUUGUUAGUUGAAGUCGAAAAUUUGAGAUUCGGGAUUCAUCAAGUGUUCUCGACUCUCGGGGUCGGGUCAAAGUCAAACCCUGCUAAGAUUUCGGUUGAAGAGAUUAUCGGUAACAUUAAGCAGUUGAAGCAUUCUUUGUUAAAAGAAGAAGAUGAUAAGCAGCGUGUACUUGUCGAAAACACCGUCGUCUCAACCGUCCUCCAGGAAUCCGAACUACACAACGAGGCACUUAUGAACGAAUACGAAACUAUGAAGAAUGAUUUCUUGAAGGUCAAGAAAGAGAAUCGUGAUCUGAUCGAAGUGAACGCGAGUCUUGGAUUGGAGUUAGUUAUGUUGGACGAAGAUAUCGAGCAACGCAAAACCGUGCAAGAGAAGCUGACAUCCGAGCUUCGAGAAAGAGAGAACGAGCUUGAAUUGUGGAAUGCUGAGGCUACGAAGUGUGUUUUUGAUCUUCAAGUUUCGAACACGCGUGACGUUGUGUUUGAAGGUAAAGUUCAUGAGCUGGCGGAAGUUUGUGAGAGUCUUGAAGGUGAAAAUGCAGCGAAAGAUCAGGAAAUUGAAGAGUUGAAACGAAAGGCGAGUGAUAUGGAGAGAGAAAUUGAAGGAUUGAAAGCACAGUUGCUUGCGUAUACUCCGGUUAUCAGUUCGUUGAAGGAGAAUAUAUCAUCUCUUGAACAUAAUAUUUUCACUGUGGCGAAUCUUGUUGUAUCAAACAACCGAAAAGCAGAGGUCCAGGAUGUGGAAUCGAAGGUUCAACACCAUCAUAAUCAAAGUGAUCCAGAGUCCACUCGCGGUCCAAAAUCGCUUGAACCAAACGGAAUAUCGGAUUUGAUUGAGCUUCAGACACGCAUAGCAGCACUUGAAAAGGUAAUCGUGGAAGAUAUAAACACAGUUACACGGCGAAAAACCUCAGGCGUCAACAUCAAACCAAAACCGGCAAAAACAGAAACCGAAGAAUCGAAAUCUAACGAUCACCAAAAGCGUAACAAAGAAGACAAGCUUCGUGGGAAACGUUAUCUAACGUUAGAUCAUCUUAACAUCCCGAAAGCUAGACCUGAGUUUUCAGAAGUAAGAGACAUUCCGCUUGAUCAAGCAUCGGACGGAUCAUCGUCUGCAAACAGCAGAAGCAGGAGCCGAAGAGGGUAUUUACGGAGCGAUGACAUGUUGCUUGAUCAGUUUCAAACGGCUCACAAGACGUACAAAACCGAAAACAAGGCCUGCAAACUGCCAUACGAGCCACAAAGCGAAGAUUUGGGUGUCUACAAGCUACAAGUACCACAUCGAGAAUCCAAAAAAGGAAAGCUAUUGCAAAGACUCGUGUCGGAUGCGCAAAAACUUUCGGUUCUCGAGUCAACGGUGAAAGAUCUUACACAAAGAUUAGAAGCCGGUAAAAAGAGUAAAAAACUAAAUGUGGUUGAUUUCAAGAUUGUGAAAGAACAGUUGGAAGAAGCUGAAAAGACCAUUUCGCAGCUAUCGAACGUGAACGUUGGAACAACCACCAAUGCUGAUAAAAACGCGUCUUUAGCAGCGUGGCUGGAGCAAGACGACACGUGGAAACGUUCAGAACGGAUCAAAACAGUGCAGUUGGAUGUUCAAAACAUCCAAAGCGUGUUGCUGAAGCUUGAUGAUGAGAAGAAGGGCAAAGUGAAGAGUAGAUAUUCGGUGAGUAAGAGCAGAACGAGUGUGAUCUUGCGCGAUUUUAUUCACCAUGGAGGAAGAAGCCGAAGACGUCGUCUGUGUGGGUGUUUCGCUCCAUCGACUCCAUCGACGGCUAGAGGUGACCGUAUUAAAAGUUAGAAUUUUUACCUUGUGACCCGACCCGACUGCUUUGUUAUCGUAUUGUGAUUCCAGUUCUAUCUAGGUACUAGUUUGUAUUUGUGUUUACCGUUGUGUUUGUUGUUUAGAACAUUAUCUUCGGUUUAAAUGAAGUAUUACAAGUUUGUUCGUAGCGAAUUUAGAACGAACGAAAACACCA